AUGCUUCGGCCAUGGCUCGGUAGCGGUUCUGUCCGCUCUGUUUGCGCGCGACUAAGUCGCUCAACCCUUCCUUCUCGUAUCGCCCCGUUCUCUUCCGCUCCGAGGCGCUAUCUCCAAGCAGAUCACGUCCCCCUCCGCAAACAACUCAAGCAGGAUGCCAAAGCGCUACGGUCACACAAGAAGCAACGCAAGGAAAGCGAGGAAGCAUCCAGGCAGGAAUGGGAACUGACCGUUGGCGUGGAGAUCCAUGCCCAAUUGGAUACAGAGGCCAAAUUAUUCUCCCGAGCCCCAACCUCGACAAGCGAGAUCCCCAAUUCCAAUGUCGCUUUGUUCGACCUGGCGUUCCCGGGCAGCCAACCGGAAUUUCAAAUCGCAACCCUCCUUCCUGCCCUACGUGCCGCUAUUGCUCUGAACUGUGAGAUCCAGCCUAUCAGCCGGUUUGACCGGAAGCACUACUUCUACCAGGAUCAGCCGGCGGGGUAUCAGAUCACACAGUACUAUGAACCAUUCGCACGGAACGGCUACGUCGACCUAUUCGAUUACGAUGGCAUCGCACCGGAAGAUGGGGAACGGGUCCGCAUCGACAUCAAACAGCUACAGUUGGAGCAGGACACAGCCAAGUCCCAAGAAUACCCACCUUCGACACAACUCCUCGAUUUCAACCGUGUCUCACAUCCCCUGAUUGAAAUUAUCACCAUGCCGCAGAUUCACUCACCCGCUACGGCUGCGGCAUGCGUUCGGAAACUCCAGGCCAUAGUCCAAUCGUGUGGUGCUGUGACAACGGGAAUGGAACUUGGCGGUCUCCGUGCAGAUGUCAACGUCUCCAUUCGACGCCGGGGCGAGUCACCAGGACAACAUCAAUACGAUGGAAUCAGCGGGCUAGGCCAGCGUACUGAGAUCAAGAACUUGAGCAGCUUCAAGGCAGUAGAGGAUGCUAUCAUCGCCGAGAAGAACCGCCAGAUCGCGGUACUCGAGAGUGGCGGUGUCAUCGAAGGAGAGACGCGUGGGUGGACAAUUGGCAGCACUGAAACUCGCAGGCUUCGAGGAAAAGAGGGCUCGGUCGAUUAUCGCUACAUGCCCGACCCAGAUAUCCCGCCGUUGUUCAUUGGAGAGGACCUGCUGUCCAGCCUUACCGAAAAUCUUCCCACGGCACCAGACUCCGUCAUCUCAGUGCUCGUCGGAUCCGAAUAUAAUCUGCCCGUCGAGGACGCCAAGCCACUGAUCGAGCUAGACAACGGUCUCCGCUUCGAGUACUACCACGACGUGGUAGAUGCCCUACGCACCCUCCAAGUGGACCAAGACGACAAAACGCGUGCCAGUCUCCCACGUGUGGCAGGUAACUGGGUUUUGCACGAACUCGGAGGACUCUUCUCCAAGGCAGAUCGCGCAUGGGAUGCGGACAUCGUCCCGGCCCAGUCCCUGGCCCGCCUCCUCGACCAGCUACAGCGCAAGCGGAUCACCGGGCCGACCGCCAAAGUGGUUUUGUCCAGUAUCUUUGAUGGUGACCGCCGACCAGUCCCACAGAUCUUGGAAGAGGACAAUCUCCUUUUCCGCCCUUUGUCGCGGGAGGAGUAUGUGGCGCUGGCGGAGUCCGUCAUCGCCCUGAACCCACAAAUGGCUGAGCAGAUCCGCACCAAGAACCAGCUGGGGAAGCUCGGCUGGUUCGUGGGGCAGAUGAUGCGCAAUGGCGAGAAGGGUCGAGUGGAGGCGCCCAGGGCAGAGGAAAUCCUCCGAGAGCUGAUUCUGGGGUCUUAG